AAAUAGACCACCGGACAACGACAGGCCAAUACACUCAGUGCGGUACCACUUAAAAUAAGUUUAUAAAUAAAAAAAACGUAAUAUAUAAUAAUAAUAACAAUAAAUAUUAACUGCAAUAUUUAGAUAAAAGGUCAUCAACUUUUAUGCAGGCACCUGCAUAUUUUUGUAUUCAUAAUUUGUUUCUAUGACAAUAAUGCAAGUAAAUGCACUUGAACUCAUAUAAAUUAAAGAGCAAAAAUUAUUUCACUGACUUGUCACCAUGAGUUCAUUGAGUUUACUUGUAAUUUUAUUAUUUAGUUUUGUAGUUUUAUCAACAUCACAAGACGAGGAUAUCAUUUAUUUCCAAUCUAUCAAUUCGACAGAUGCUAAGAUUCCAAUUAUUUUUACCGCCUUUGGUCAAACAAUAAAACUUAAAUUACUGAGGAAUGAUAAAUUAUUAGCUCCAGAUUUUAAAGUUUGGCGGCACAGUGGUCCUAAUACUGUUGAAGAAAUAGUAGAAUUAAAUAAACCAUAUUCGUGUCAUUAUAUUCAUGAAGAUGAAUUAAUUACCGCAGCAAUAAGUUUGUGCGAAGAAGGAGUACAAGGUCUUGUAAUAUUGAAAAAUAUUACUCUUGAAAUAACGCCAUUAGAUAAAAAUGAACAAUUAAUAUUUGAAGAUGUUCGUUUUGAGGAAGAAAUGCCUCAUAUUGUUAAGAGAACUCAUGUAUCAUCAUUUUUUUCUCCAUCACCUUCAUCAUCUUCUUUUGAUUAUUUAAAUUCGGGCUUCAAAAAAUAUCCGUUUAUAAAUUCGAUUCAAAAUAUAAUUGAAGAAAGACCUCGAAGAAAACAAACAGAUGAAUUAACAGUAGAGCUGGCAGUUUUUUUUGAUGAACCAGGCUAUAAAUUAUUCUCACCUUUCUUCGAUUACAGUGAAAAAAAAAUUCGGGAUAUGCUAUUGGCUUAUAUUAAUGCAGUACAAGCUCUUUUUUAUCAUCCUAGUCUUGGUACAAGAAUAAAUAUUGUCUUAAUACGUCUAGACAUGAUGAAACAUCAACCAGAUGAUUUACCCCAUUACAAUGGGGAAAGAUUGAAAUUAUUGAAUUCAUUUUGUAAUUAUACUGCUGCUAAAAAUCCCAAAGAUGAUGAUGAUCCAAAUCAUUGGGAUAUUGGACUUUAUGUAUCGGGAUUAGAUUUCUAUGCAUAUGAAAAUGGUGAAAAAAAUAGUGUGACAAUGGGUCUUGCAACUGUCUCUGGAGCAUGUUUGGAUUCAUAUGCUUGUGUUAUUGCUGAAUUUGGAGUUACUAAUAGAUUUGGUAAACCAUAUCCAUCUGCUGGUUUUACAUCAGUGUACAUUACAGCUCACGAAAUAGGUCAUAACUUAGGAAUGCAUCAUGAUUCAACAGGUAACUCUUGUUCUCGUGAUGGCUACAUCAUGUCACCAAGUCGUGGUACACAAGGAGAAACAAUUUGGUCUUCAUGUAGCCGAGAAGUAGCUCUUGAUUUACCACGAAAAAAACCCUGUCUUCUUGAUAAAAAUUUAAAUAAAUUUGACAAAACUUUAGAUCAUUCAAGAUUUCUUACAUUACCCGGACGUAUUUGGACUGCUAAAAGACAAUGCGAAUUAUUAUUAAGAGAUAAAGAUGCUGAUGUUGUUUCACUAGCAAAUGCUUGCCAGUCAUUGUCAUGUAAAAGUCCACAUCGCAGUGGUUAUUAUUUUGCUGGUCCUGCAUUAGAGGGAACGGUUUGUGAACAGGGUAAAGAAUGCCGUGGUGGUGAAUGUUUACCAUCUUUGCAUUUUUUAAAGCCACAAUCUUCUGGAGUUAAAGGCAAUGGUGGUUGGAGUAAAUGGAAAGAAUCGUCUUGUGUCAGUGGUUGUAUUAAAAAGUCUAAAGGAUCAAAAAUACGACGUAGAGUUUGUAAUAAUAAUAAAGAUAUAAAAGAACAAUUGAAUGAAGACUGUAAAGGUCCUUCUUACGAUGUAAUGAUUUGUAACGAUGAAAAAUUAUGUAAAAAACGUAUUACUAUCGAAGAGUUUGCAACAAUUAAGUGUAAAGAAUUUAGCGAACAUUUACCAGAAUUAGAUAGAGAUGGUACUGGUUUACAAGCUCCUCAUGAAAUAGGAAGACCCUGGAUGUCAUGUGCUAUUUUUUGCCGACGAAAAGAUAUUGCCUCUUAUUAUACACCACGUAUUGAAUUAAAUGAUCUUGGUGUUGAUCCAUAUUUUCCUGAUGGUACAUGGUGUCACCAUGAAAAUAAUCAAGAUUAUUUUUGUCUUCAACAUCAUUGUUUGCCCAGUGAUUUUAGAUUUGCUAAAGACGCUUUGAGACGGAAUAUUACUAAUUUCAAUAACUUGGGACCGCAAAAUGCACGACCUGAUAACUAUAAAAUUCCUGAUGAAUUAAUUAAGUAUUUGAGUUUGGGUAUCGAUGGUUUACCGUUGUCUAAAAAUUUUCCAACAAAUAUUACAACUAAUGACAAUGAAUGGAUAGAUAAUGAUUACAUUGAAUUGCCGUAUGAUUUAGAUCUAAAAUAAUUUCAGAAUUCCAUGAGUUGGUUCAUUAUAUAAAAUUUUCAUGCUGAUAAUUUUAAUAUUUAAUUUUUUACAAUCGAUAAGUUUUAUAUUAUUGUGUAAUUUUAAUAACGUCAUUUCUGAGAUAAAAUGACAGAACCCAAAAAAUUGUAAUAUUCGUAAUUAUUACAAGAUUUAAUUAAAAUGACAGCUCUCCCUGAUUUUAUCUCAGAAAUGACAUCGACUCAGACAAAAAAAAUCUCAUGUACAAUAUGAGUGCGAAACAACUCAUAUUUUUACUUGGAGAUAUUUUUGCUGAGAUUUUUUGACUGCGAUGUUUGUGGCUGAGAUGUAAAGAGGGGUGACCAAUUUACCAAUUUUUUGCUUAUCAUACUUCAUAACUGCAUGUACAUUCAUUUUGUUUGAUAUACAAUCUGAUAUUUUAAGUUACUUGAUAGUCUUAAUAAAUAAAAAAUAAAACGUCAUUGAUGAUAAUUUUAUUGUAUUUGUCCUCGUCCAUGAAAAGGUAUCAGUUUGUCUAUCGAUUUAUCAAUCGCUAACAUUAUUAUUGUAAACAUUGUUAAUGCCUAUCUAAUUUAUUACUGAAAUUGAUUGCGUACUGAUUAAUUGCUUACGAAAAUAAUUUUUAUACCAUUCUAUUGUUCACAUCAUAUAUUCCAAAUUGGGCUUUUAUAUUUUCAAAAAUAUCUACUGCGUAUUAUCCACCAAGAUGCAAAUUAAAUGCACUAAUUAAAUGAUGAAGUUAAGAUAUAAACCUAUUAUUUUAAAUUUAAUAUUUAAAUAUUUGGGUGGGAGUACGAUAAUAAUUGAUUAGGAUAAUGAUAUAUGAGUGUAAAUUUAGCAAAUGUGAAUCAAUUUAUAAAUUUUUAAUAAAUAAGAAAUUAAUUAAAAUAAUGAAAUAAUGAAAAUAUUCAAAAAUUUUUAAAAUUGCCAGUUGUCAGCUACAUUCACAUUCAUGAUAAUGAAAGCAAUAGAUUACUGACAAUUUUUAUAUUUCUAAAUGAAUUAAAUAUUAAUACAAAAAUAAUUUUUAAAUGUACAAAAUUUUUCAAGUCUUUGUAUUUGUUCAUAAAAUUUUUUUUAAUAAUUUGUAAUUUGUUAAUAAAAAUAAAAAUUAUAUUAAAUAUUAAUAUUUUUAAACAAAAAAAUGUAACGUAUAAAAAAAAAUAAUGAGGAUUUUAGUCUUUUUACUAUGACAGUAAAGUUGGCGGACAUCUGACAAUUUUUAAUAUUUU